AUGUGCUCCACAACGUCGACCCUCUCUCUCUGCUUGCCUUCUACGAUCCCAUUUCUGUCGCGUCACAAUUUGAAUUUCAGUUUUUCAGUCAACCCACUAUGCCUCCGGCCCAGAAAACCUAGUUACUUAUCGUCCGUUUCUGAGAAAAGCUCCAGCCGUGAGUUUUCUUGGAUUUCGUCGGACAAGAUUGCUCCUGACGACUACAAUGGUUGGGCCAUGGCUGAGUAUCAUCCUCCAGAGCCCGUGAAAAAAAGGGGUUUACCUACAUUUAUGGUGUUUGGUGUUGGAGGUUCACUUGCUGCAGCUAUUGGGUUACUUGCCUAUUUUUCACUCUCAAAAAAAGGUUUUGCGUUUCGUCUCAAAAGUCCAUUUAGUAUUUUACAUGGAUUUUCGGUUCCCUAUUCGACUGCUAGGGAUGAUGCUAAUAGUGAAGAAGUUAUGCAUGAUUUGUUGUUGGAAGAAGUUCGUAUACCCAAGGAAAAUAUGGAUGAUGAUAUAUCAGAUUCAUCUGUUGUCACAGAUAAAAGCUUUCAGACCAUGAAAGAACAAAAAUUUGAGCGUAUUAUUAUUCCAAUUGCUGCUGAUGCUGCUCAACAAGAAGCUCUCUCAGCUCUAAGGAUACUCAAGAUUACUGAAGAUGAUGUUAAAGCAGACGAACUAUGUACCAGACGGGAAUAUGCUCGAUGGUUAGUUCGGGUGAAUUCACAUCUGGAAAGGAGUAGGGAGCACCGUUUAAGUACCUCAUCUGCACUGUCUGGAUCUAUGAAAACUGCCUUCGAUGAUGUGGGAAUUGAAGACCCUGAUUUUGAAUCUAUUCAGUCUCUAGCUGAGGCUGGUGUUGUUAGAAGCAAACUGUAUGAUAGAAAUUCCAUUUCCAACUCGAACCUGGGUGAAGAAGGUUUUCUGUUUUUACCCGAUAGGUUUAUAUAUCGCCAGGAUCUGAUUGGUUGGAAGACAAAAAUAGAGUAUAAGGCCAUGCCAGGAAUUAAUGAAGAGGUGUCUCGUAAGAAAAUCUGUUUUCUGGAUGUGAAGGACAUUUCUUCGGACGCAUUACCGGAGAUUUUUGUGGACAUUUUUGCUGAUGAGAAGAGCAUCAUCAGACGAGUUUUUGGACAAAGCAAACGACUACAACCGAAUAAACCAUGCACAAAGGGCCAAGCUGCAGUUGCACUAACAAGCGGAAGGAUGACAGACUUCAUAUACAAGGAAAUAUCGAGACUUGAAGCCGAAUACAUUUCGAGGAAAAUCGAAAUAAAAGAACUUACAACCGAGCUUAUAGAGAGAGGUGACAUAAAACAGUACUGGGAAAGACAGAUGGAGGAGGAAAAAAAUCGUGGCUCGGAAGUUGAAAUUAGCUACAUUGAAGCUGUAAUUGCUUUUGAACAGGAAAAAAUGUUUCAAGAGAAUGCUUUAGCCGAAAUAAUGAGGCAGAAGGCAGCUUUGAAUUGUCAAGAAAAAUUGCUUUCGAGUUUAAAAGCCGAAAUUGCGGAUAUGUCCAAAAAACUUGAACUUGAGAAGGAGAAUUAUGUUGUUGAGCAGGUUGAAGUACAGAAUACGAGGCGCGAUUUACAGUUGAAACUGGAAGUUUUGCUCGAUGAGAAAUCUAUACUGGAAGCCGAAAUAGAGGCACUAAAGAUAUUGAGGUCUUGGGUCGAGGAUGAGGCGAAGAAGAGCCAAGCUCGUGCGAAGCUUCUUGAAGAAGCUGGCCGAAGGUGGAAAUGGGACAGCUAA